AUGCCACGUCAAAAUGGCAAAAUUGAACGCCUCUGGCCAUCACUGGACAAAAAUGCUCCAAAGCCUUCAGAAUUUGAGAGCAUCAAUCAGGAAUUGGAAGAAUUCAGGCAAAAAUACAAUGACAUGCCACAUGGCGCUCAUCCAAAAAUUGGAGUUCGACCAUACACUCCAAGAGAGGUUUACAACAAAUUUAAGAAAUGGACCAAGGAAGAUAAACCGCUCUGGAAAAAAUGUGUUAAUAAGCAGUGGGAAGUUGAAGAGAUUCCAAACUAUUGA